UGUCAUGGUUAUAAUUUUUCUCUGCUGAAAUGCAAAAACGUACCCAUAAACAGUUGAAAAAUGGCAGACGAUAGACACGCACCGAAACUUGAUGAUGAAUCUAACGACGACGAUUUAUUUGCUUCGGCAAUUGAGAUAAAAGUUGAAGCCAAAGCAGACAUUUCCUUAGAAGAUGAUAGGUCAAAUGGUUUGUCUCCUAUUGAAGAACAAUCUCACAAUUUGUCAGCUGUCGAUGAGAUAGACUUAAACUCAGAUAGUGAAUACAAAGAUGGUGUUCCUGACAUUAAAGCAAAGAUUGAACUGAGAUCGGAACCUGAAGACAUAUUUGAAGAUAUUCCUGACCCGAAAGAAGUACAUGGUGAAACAAUGGCAGGGCAUUCAACCUUGGAAACACUGGUAACAUCUCCAAGAACACAGAGUUGUAAUGCUUACCAUACUGGGACCAUAAUUGAAGACGACAAAAUUACCACUGCAGAGGAUGAUGGCAAAUUUAUUACAAUCAGUGUAAAAGACCCCCAAAAAAUCGGCGAUGGAAUUUCUUCUUUUCUUACAUAUAACGUAGUUACCCGCACGAAUAUUGGGUUAUUCAGGAAAACCGAAAUGAUUGUAUCCCGACGUUUUUCGGAUUUCCUUGGAUUGCACGAUAAACUGGCGGAGAAGUACUUGCAUAAAGGUCGCUUGGUGCCAGCCCCUCCAGAGAAGAAUGUUGUUGGUACUACAAAAGUAAAAAUGGCUGGUGGUCAAACUGAACACGAGGGCAAGUUGCCGGAAUUUGUUGAACGCCGCAGGGCGGCCCUGGAGCGGUACCUUAUCCGCAUUGCUAUUCAUCCCGUUUUUCAAGUAGAUCCUGAUUUCCGGGAAUUCUUAGAAUGUGAGGACGAAUUGCCACGAGCGUCGAAUACGUCUGCCCUCAGUGGAGCUGGAGUCUUAAGACUCUUUAAUCGCAUGGGGGAAACAGUAACCAAAAUUGCUUUUAAGAUGGGUGAAUCUGAUCCCUGGUUUGAAGAACGACACCAACAGCUGGAAACGCUAGAAUCUCAAUUCCGCCGACUGCAGGCUUCUUUGGAAGGCUUGUACAGUCAUCGACGUGAGUUGGCGUUUGCAACUGCUGCCCUAGGCAAAGGGCUAGCCCUACUUAGUAAUGGCGAGGAUCAUGCAGGAUUAUCGAGGGCCCUUGCCAAGAUGGCCGAACUCCAUGAUAAAUUAGAAGGCGUUCACAAUGAGCAGUCCAAUGCGGAUUUUUACAUUUUGCAUGAACUCAUUAAGGACUACUUGUCGCUUUUGGGUGUUGUGAAGGACGUGUUUCACGAACGUGUGAAAGCCUUCCAGACAUGGCAGCACGCUCAGCAAAUGUUGGCCAAAAAGCGCGAAGCGGUUGAUCGAUGGGAAUCGACUGGUCGUUCUGACAAAGUUGCUCCUGCUAAAGAUGAAGUCCUAGAGUGGGAGGCUAAAGUCAAUCGAAGCCAAGAAGAAUUUGAUGUCAUUUCCAAGGCCAUCAAAAAGGAGCUGGAGCGUUUUGAACUCCAACGCGUUAAGGACUUUAAGGCAGCCUUCAUAUCGUACUUGGAAGCGCAGAUGAAAGCUCAGGACAAAAUCAUUGAACAUUGGGAGACGUACAUGCCUGAGGCCAAAGCUAUCGCUUAAAGGAGCACCAUUCUACCGAUCAUGCAAAUGUGGCGGUGCUACUCUGCGUUUUCUUAUCAUGGCGUUGUGUUCGUCGAUGUCUAUUCAUUUCCGUGAGCAUGUGAGAAAGCCAACUUUUUUACGUGGAUCUUGAUUUUGAUUUCUCUAAAGUUUAAUAAUUCCGUUUCGUAACAUUCUGUUUAUUCCUCUUUCUCGUUGCAAAAGACUAGUGUGCCUUGCGUGAUUCGGAUGUGCGUCUUCUUUGCCUCCCCCAUCUUUUGCCUUCCCUUCUCUUCUUUCACCCAUUCACAACCACAUCCAAUCAACCGAGUGUCGUCAUAGCAACGAGAACCCAUAUGCUUUCCCGACCCUUCCUGUUGUUUUCUUCGUCCCUCUCUUCCGUCAUGAAAUACCCGUGUACCCCCCCCCCAAAAAACACUAAUGUUGUUUUCUUUUUACGUCAGUUUUUGUCACUGCUCUAGCAGCGUAUAGAAUUUAAAGCGUCAUCCAGAAUGUAUUCAACGUUUAUUUGAAAAAAUUGUCAAUUAAAUUGUUCCAGUUGGCUCGAG